AUAAAGAUACUCAAAGCUUCUCUGACAAACCCACUUCCCCACCACCGCCGAACCACCGCAAUGCUGGCGGAGAUCGCGGCAGCGCCACCUCUUCAAUCCAGCAGUUAGUCUAUCCACGCGGUGUUGCGUUGAUUUGCAAUCUCGAAAACAAAAAAAUGUCGGCGUCCAACUCCACUAAGCAGGCUCAGGCACGUGACCUGAAGCACCGGGUGCUCACGUGCCUCCACAAGCUCUCCGAUAGGGACACCCACACCGCCGCCGCGUCGGAGCUCGAAUCCAUAGCUAAAACUUUGUCGGCCGACGCACUACCUUCGUUCCUCUCGUCCAUCUCCGCCACCGACUCCUCCGACAAAUCACCCGUCCGGCGACAGUGUGUCCGUCUCAUCUCCGUUCUCUCCGAGCACCACAAAAAUGCGCUCUCCCCACACCUCUCCAAGGUCCUCUCCGCCGUCGUCCGCCGCCUCCGCGACCCGGACUCCUCCGUCCGCUCCGCCUGCGUCGCCGCCUCCCUCUCCCUCUCCUCGCAGCUCACCUCCCCUCAAUUCACCUCCAUCACCAAACCCUUCCUCGAAUCUCUCUUCAUCGAGCAGGAUUCCAACACGCAAAACGGCGCCGCUUCGUGCCUGGCGGCGAUAAUCGACGGAUCGGCGAAUCCGGACGUCGGCAGCCUGAGAAAAAUGCUGCCGAAGCUCGAAAAGCUGUCGAAAUGCGACAGCUUCAAGGCGAAGCCGGCGCUGCUGGCUCUGAUCGGAAGCGUCGUCGGUGUGAAGGGGGUUUUGAGCAGCGGCGGGAAGAAUUCGAUUAAAAAUUCGAUCGUGUGCUUGACGGAUUUCCUGAGCAGUGAAGAUUGGGCCGCCAGAAAGGCCUCCGCCGAGGCACUGACGAAGAUCGCGGCGGUAGAAAAGGAGUCUUUGUCGGAAUACAAAUCGUCGUGCCUGAAGACCUUCGAAGCUAAGCGAUUCGACAAGGUUCGAUUAUUAUCCGUAUUUGGGUGAAAUUUAAUCUUUCGAAUUCGUAGUUUAUACUUUG